AUGCAGACUCGCCAGCAAAGCACCCGGCAGCGCGAAGCCAAGUCAGUAAUGGCUGUGCCCGAGGAUCGCAAGGCCACUCGCAGCACGCGUCGGAAAGCAGCUCCAGACACGCUGGUCGCCGGUCUUGGGACUAGCUCCGCACCGCGACAUCCCGCCCCUCGACGCGGCGCACCGGUUGGAAAAGCAUUCAGUGUGACCAACAUUACCGUGAGGAAUGGACAUGAGAGCCAGGACGAGGAAGAUGAGGACGACGGCGGCGGCAGCGAAUCAAAAUCCUCUGUGCCUCGGGACUCGGCGGCGGGAGGACUCGACAGCAAUGCUGAAGAAGGCGAGAAAGAAAGGCAGCAAAUCAUGACACAGCUUCGGCCUGAUCUGGAACGCGCAAUCGCUGAGUUAAUGGAAUGCCUGGACAACCGAGAUUCCGGGAACAAAAUACUUCGCGCGGUUUUCAUAACGAAGAGGGAUGCCUUCAUGUAUCUCCGAAAGUACUACCAGGAGGCCAAGACAACGUCGGUUCUAAUCGACUGGACUAAGCCGGGAGCCCUGCACAACCUCGUCCAAGCCGACGAGAAGGCCGUCAUCGUUCUGGCACGGGCCAACCAGGUCGCUACGCUCGACUACAUCCGGCGCAUUCAAACCGAUAGCCACCUUGACAAGCAAGCCUUCCUCCAGACUCUAGAUACUUCGUUUCCAACUCUAUUCCGAACCCCGAAUCUCCACAAACAGUACCCUUGGAUGAUGGUGAAGAUUCGAACCUGCUAUCUCAUCGAGACUUUGGCCAAUCAUCAAAGUAAAGCAACUGUCCAAGAUUCCAUGGCAAACAUCUUCUGCGAAACAACUGAUAAUCUUGACUACGCGAGUCUGUGCGAGACUGGGCCCUACAGGAGCCUUGGCGGAGAAGACGAAGAGGACCACAAGAUUUGCCGGGAUACGAUCACGAGAAUUUUGACCUGCAUAGCCAAUGCCAAGAAGAACUUGGUGCUGGAAGCUCUAAGGCGAGAGUUCCAACUAAGUGAGCUUCUGGAGGAACUUAAGGGAUGGAUGGCGGAAAUGCAUUCCGCGCUCGAUCGAGAGAUUGAAGAAGAAUACAGCCCUGAUGGCCAAGAGAAGUCGGAUGGGUCCGAAUCCAGCCCUGAUGACGAGCUUGAGGAGACUGUGCGCCCUGACGAGGCAGAUAUUCAACCAACAAUGUUUCAAGACAAGACAUCGAUCCGAGAGCUCGAGGCCACCAGGGACCGCCGUGUAUUGAAGAGGGCUCAUGACGACGCGGCAAACGAUGAAGAGGGACAGGAGGCCGACUUCGAGCAGGAUCGCCGGGCUGUUGUCCAACGCACCCGAGAUUCCGCCCGGGAGCCCUGGACGACACGCGGUCAUGGCCAUGGCAAGGGAAUCGUGUCCCGGUUCGCCCAAGCAUCGGGAAACCCGUCCUCGGCCCCUGCCUAUCUGGGCUCCUCGCAGCAGGCAGCGGCGCAGGGCCCCGGCGCCUCGGACGACCUGAUCCGCAUCCCGGUGCGCACGGCGUACACGCGGCGCCGGGCCUGGACCGGCCGGGACACGGACAUGCUCAUCAAGCUCAUCGGCGAGACCGAGGCCUAUUACGCCGAGAUUGAGCGGCGCUACAGCGACCAAUUUGAGUACCCGCGCGGCCAGCAGGCGUAUCGCGACAAGGCGCGCAACCUCAAGGUCGACUACCUGCUCAACGACGAGCGCCUGCCGCCCGAGUUUGACAGGGUCUCGCUGGGGCCCAAGGAGGUGCAUAAGCUCAAGUGUGCGGGCAAGAACCCGUAUCGCGAGGAGAAGCAUGUCGACGCCGCCGGCAGGCCGACGGAUACCGUGUGGCUUGAGUGA